AUGUCGCAAACAAAUGGAUUUACAAAACUAGCCUACUCCCGCACCUGGCACCACAUCUCCGCCAGCACCCCGCACAUCCCUCUCUCCACCCUUCGACCCCGUCCAAACCCCUCCUCACCCCCCUCUGUCACAGCCCGCAUUACACCACCGCCCCUCGGGCGUCUCGCCUCCCGCAUCGCACUCCUCCUCAUGGGAAAACACAAACCAAUUUGGGAUCCCUCAACCGACUGUGGUGACUAUGUCGUUGUUACCAAUUGCGCGAACCUCCACACCACCGGCAAAAAAAUGUAUCAGAAGAAAUAUUAUCGUCACAAUACACGACCUGGUAGUUUGAAGGAAAUCAGUAUGGAGGGUUUGAUGGAGAAGUUUGGAGGCGCAGAAGUUCUGAGGAAGGCAGUUAGUGGAAUGUUGCCAAAGAAUCGGUUGCGCGAUGGGAGAUUGGGACGAUUGAAGGCGUUUGAGGGCGCGGCGCAUCCGUAUAAGGAAAAUUUGGUUAGGUUUGAGGGAGUGAGGAGGGACUUGAUGCCAGAUGAAGGGUGGUCGAAGAAGAAGGUUGAGGAGGCUAAGAGUUGA